UGGGUUUUAAUAACAGUCUUUGAAGAGAAAAAUUUUCCCUACUACAGAAUUCCCACCAUAGAAUAAACUAGAACUAAAUAUCUGACGGAUUAGAUAAAAUUCUUAUCCCAGACAUAACCUUCAAAUACGUUGAUUAAAUAAAUCGGAUCAAAACGAUAUUAUUAAAUAAAAGUUCUGAAUAAAGGCUUCUGAAAAUGAAAUUGAGAGUGAAUAAACUCGCUGUAGGUGUGGGUGCAGUAACCGGCUUCAUAAGCAGUUAUGUUUACACGAAAUUUAAUGGCGAAAAAAUAGCUUAUGCCUCUUGGACCACCAACUAUGAACCAAAUCCUGCGGCAAAAUGGGAUUAUAAUUGGGACCACAUGGAGCCUAAGUACAUGGUGAAUCCAAAGAAAUUGAAAAGCGCGUCUGGCGAUAACGAAAUCAACGAAUCUUUGGAAAAAAAUACAUCGAAAGUUUUAAGGCAUGUGAUAUUAAUCAGGCAUGGCCAAUAUAAUACAUUGGGCCUUACAGAUAAUGAAAGAGUUUUGACUGAAACUGGUCGCAAACAAGCAGAGCUCACUGGUAUCAGACUGAAAGAACUAGGUAUUCCAUUCACUGAAAUGGUCAAAUCUACAAUGUCUAGAGCUCAAGAAACAGGCUCUCUGAUCUCUAAAAACUUACCCAAUAUUCCUGUAACAAACUGUGAUUUUAUAAGAGAAGGCAUCCCAAUACCUCCCGAACCUGCAAUUGGUAACUGGAGAAGUGAAAUGAAGCAGUUUUAUCAGGAUGGGGCAAGAAUAGAGGCAGCCUUCAGGAAGUAUUUCCAUCGUGCAGACCCUUCACAAGAAAAAGACUCUUAUACUCUUCUUGUUUGUCAUGCCAAUGUGAUCAGGUAUUUUGUCUGCAGAGCUUUACAGUUUCCAGCUGAGGCUUGGUUGAGAAUGUCUCUCAACCAUGGUAGUAUUACUUGGAUUACCAUCACACCAUCUGGACGUGUGUACUUGAAAGUAUUAGGAGAAUCAGGACAUUUCCCUCCAAGUCUUGUUACUUCAUAUCCUUAAGAAUGAUCUCAGGAAAUUUACCUUUUUAAGAUUUUAUAUGAAAACAUUUUAUGUUAUUGUGUAUCAUCAAGAAGGUGCAAGAAUAAAAUAUCAAUUUUUAGUAA